UAGAAAAAAAGGUUCAAAGGUUCCGAAAUCGUAAUGCAUAAGGUAGAGAAACUCAUCCAUAUGGCUCCAUAGUAGUCAGUCUCUGGAGCCACGAUAAGGUUACAAAAAACCUUCACAGCCUCGACCACAUAGCUUCAUUAUUGUUUGUGUGUACUCCGGUUGUAAAGAAUUAAUAUGAAGACACUGAAUUGUGUGCAAAAACAAGAUGGUGACCUGUUUUUUUGUCAGUUCGUCAGACAUUUACAUAAGUAGUUUAGUAAACAAUACUCAAGUACAACUUUUAAGGAUAUUUUUUAACAGAUACAUUGCAUGCAGUACAUAUGAAACACUUUGAGAUAUAGUUAUUGUUCAUCAAAAUAAAAUCAAUGGUUUCUCACUAAUUAACUUAAAUUUCCUUUGAUGGAUACCUAGAUAAUCAUUCUCAGUAUAAUUAUUUGUAUUAUAUUUUUAUUUUAUGAAUGUAACACUUAUAAACAAUGACAUAUAGUUCAUCUCCAAUGCACAGUAAUUAUAAUAGCAGCUUUAUCGAUAGCGGCUCUAUUAACGGAACUUUGUGCAGAACCGGCAGUCUUGGACUUAUUGAUGAAGCGCUACGUUACGCUGGCACUAAACAAUAUAUAUUUUUACAAGUUCACGUCUGUGCAAUUCAUCAAGUGACUGUACGUAAUUCAACAGAUUUUCAUGAAGCAGAUGCUUUAUACUAUAUUGAAAAAUAUUAUAAAAAAAGACGAGCUCAUUGUACUGCAGCCUUACUAGAAGAUCGAAUAUGUUUACGACGUGUUAAACAGUCAGGAAAAAUGCCAUUUCAUCCAUGGGUUUUAUAUAAUGAAAUAAAACAUGUGUUCAUAAGCCAGAAACGACCUGAAUAUUUUGUCUUGUAUAUUGAUUCAAAUCAUGAUCAAAGAAAAUACUUUGAAAUAUACAAAUGUAAAUCAACUGAACAUGUUAAACAAAUUGAGGAGAAGAUAAAAGCGGCAAUGAGGGAUCCUGACAAGUUACUACGUAAAAUGUAUUAUUUAAAUCGUAUUAGUUUACCUCCUGGAAAUAAUGUAAGCCAAAAAAAGUUGGUUCCGGAGAUUAUGACAGAUGUAAGUAAAUCAAACGGUGAUGAAAAUAAUAAUAAUAAUAAUAAUAACAGUAAUAAUAACAAUAAUAAUAAUCAUCAUAAUACUUAUAGUAAUAUUCAUGACAAUAAAAAUAAUAAUAGUAAUAAUGGUGGCAGUAGUAUUCAUAAUAAAAGUGGUAAUGCUGACAAUGAAACUAAUCUCAAAAAAGACAAAAGAUCUAAUAGUUCUUUAAGUCCCGUCACACCAGUCAAAGAUUUAACCCUUAAAUCAGUGAAUGAAAAUGUUGUUGUAUCUAGUAUUUCAAUCACUCCCAAUGAUUUUCUUCAUCAUUCAACUGAAUCAUUAUUCUAUCAAAUACAACCAAAUGUAUACGAACCAUCUCAGAAUACACGUUCACUAUCCCGUUCUAUAUCAUCAGAUAUUGGAGAAAUUCGUCUUGAAACUCGAAUUAACCAUAUAAUAGAUAAGGUAACAUUUAUUAAUCAUGAUCCACAAAAAGGGUUUUGUGAAAGUCAGAAUGGAAAUUUUUAUAUGUAUUUAGACCGUCAAGAAUUUCAUUUGAAUGAGUCUAUUAGUAGAGAAGAGAGUUUCAUUAUAUCUAAUCAAAAAGAUAAUAACUCAACAUUACCAAUUAUUAUUAUUAGACAAUCCUAAAUAUAUUUGUUUAUCACUUUCUCUUCUUGUAAUCAUCAUAAAUGUUACAAUCAUAGUACCUUAUUCAUACUUGAUAAAUUUUGAUACAAUGUUCAUCUAUACACAAAUUAACUUGUCCUUUCAUUAAAACAAAAUGAAGUAUUUAAAGUACAUUGAAUGUUAUAAAUAAAUAAAUUUAUUUGUAAUACUCCAAUGAGUAGAAAAAUUAGAUU